AUGCAAUGCUAUACAGAGCUGCUGCUCCCAUCAGGGGUAACACACGCUGCUUCUGCUCACUUUAUAUCAGCAAAUUCCAAUAAUCUCAUAGUAGCGAAGACCUCUUUGCUGCAGGUAUUUUCAUUGGUUAAUGUUACCUAUGGCUCAACAACAGCCACACAACCAGACCAGAAAGGUCGACAUGACCGUUCGCAACAUGCAAAGUUGGUCUUAGCAGCAGAAUAUGAGGUACCGGGUACCAUUACAGGCCUUCAGAGAGUCAGAAUUUCGAACUCUAAAAGUGGCGGAGAUGCAAUCCUUGUCUCUAGCCGGAAUGCGAAGCUCAGUUUGAUAGAGUGGGAUCCAGAGAAACAUGGGAUAAGUACUAUCUCAAUCCAUUACUACGAAGGCGAGGAGAGCCAUAUGAGCCCGUGGGUACCUGAUCUGGGGAGUUGUUCUUCCAGCUUAACGGUGGAUCCUAAUGGGAACUGUGCAAUCUUUAAUUUUGGAAUCCACAGUUUAGCCAUUUUACCCUUUCACCAAGCUGGGGAUGAUCUCGUCAUGGAUGAUUAUGAUGCCACACCGAAUGGUGAUGAUUCCACAGACCUGGUUAGUGAUGCCCAAAAAUCGGCACCUGGAAACACAGCACACGAUAAGCCGUACGCACCUUCGUUUGUGCUGCCUAUGACGGCACUGGAUCCAGCCUUAACUCAUCCAAUUCAUAUGGAGUUUUUGCAUGAAUACAGAGAGCCAACAUUUGGAAUUCUCUAUUCUCAAGUUGCCAGAUCGACUUCCUUAACUAUCGACCGGAAAGACGUUGUAUCAUAUUCCAUCUUUACCCUGGAUCUGCAGCAAAAGGCUUCUACCUCACUCCUCACUGUCUCACGUUUGCCGAGUGACGUAUUCAAAAUUGUACCGCUUCCUCCUCCAGUCGGUGGAGCGUUGUUAAUCGGAACCAAUGAGCUCGUACACGUUGACCAAGCGGGUAAAACCAAUGCUGUGGGUGUGAACGAGUUUGCCAGGCAGGCUUCCGCGUUCUCAAUGGCUGACCACUCAGACCUUGAAAUGAGACUUGAAGGCUGCAUUGUUGAACAGCUAGGAAGUGGCACGGGAGAUGUCCUACUGAUUUUAGCAGAUGGGAGGAUGUCAAUCUUGUCGUUCAAAGUGGACGGAAGGUCUGUUUCUGGAAUCUCACUCCAUUUUGUUGCAGAGCAGUCGGGUGGCUCGAUAACGAAAGCAAGGCCCUCGUGUUCUGCUAGCCUUGGCCGCAAUAAACUGUUUUACGGAAGCGAAGAAGGAGACUCUGUUCUUCUCGGCUGGUCGAGGCCUUCAUCUACAACCAAGAGACCCUCUAAAGCAGCCGAUGGAGUGGAUGAAAACGGAGCAGCCGAUCUCUCUGACGAGGCAGAGCAGGACGAUGAUGGUGAUGAUGACGACAUGUAUGAGGAUGACCUUUAUUCGGUCAACCCUGCCAGUACCCGUCAGGAAAAGCAAGUUGUCAAUGGAGACAGCCCGGCCGAUUUUACUUUUCGAGCAUAUGACAGACUUUGGAGCCUUGGUCCGUAUAGGGACAUCACACUUGGAAAACCACCCAAAUCAAAAUCUAAGGAUCAACAAGACAGUGUGCCUGAAAUAGCUGCUCCACUUGAAUUAGUAGCAGCUCGAGGAUUUGGAAAAUCUGGCGGUCUCACCGUUCUCAAACGAGAGGUAGACCCAUAUACGAUUGAUUCCCUCAAGAUGGACGAUGUGUAUGGAGUGUGGUCCAUCCGCGUCCUAGAUCCCAAAUCCAAAGAUACUGGGCUAUCCAGGAGCUAUGACAAAUACUUACUUCUCGCAAAGGCUAAAGGUGAAGACAAGGAAGAGUCAGUCGUAUACUCAGUUGGAAGCAGCGGCCUGGACUCAAUAGAUACUCCAGAGUUUAAUCCUAAUGAAGAUUGCACCAUCGACAUAGGGACGCUCGCUACUGGCACAAGAGUUGUUCAGGUCUUACGGACAGAAAUCCGAAGUUAUGACUACAAUCUUGGAUUAGCCCAAAUAUACCCUGUCUGGGAUGAGGAUACAAGCGAAGAGCGUACUGUUAUUCAGGCAAGCUUCGCGGAACCAUACCUGUUGACUAUUCGUGACGACCACUCUCUCUUGAUCCUACAGACGGAUAAGAAUGGGGAUCUGGACGAGGUUGAAGUACAAGGCUCAGCAGCCUCCGGAAAGUGGAUUUCCGGCUGUUUGUACGAAGAUAAAAUGAAUAUAUUUUUCCCUGACUCUGACAUUGAAAAUGAGGCGGGCCCUAAUAUACUACUGUUCUUACUAGAUGGUGAUGGGAACCUUUCCGUAAGUCCCUUCUCCCUGAACGACAGCAACCUUGGAGAUGCUAUCCACAAAUCUCCCUAUAUGAUCUUACGUACAAAACACGAUGAUUUAGUUUUAUACGAACCAUACCGCACCGCUGGUGAAAGCGGACAGUCCGGAUUGCGCUUCCUUAAGGCGGUGAACCAUGUUGUGAUGGGUCCUCGAACCGACCAGGGUGUGAACCAGGAUAUCAACCGCAGUUCUUCAUCAUGCAAACUGCUUCGUGCACUACCCGACGUUUGUGGGUAUAGAACAGUGUUUAUGUCCGGGCAUAGUCCAUGCUUCAUACUAAAGUCAGCCAUCGCACGACCACACGUUUUACGACUGCGUGGUAAAGCUGUUCAAAGCUUGAGCGGAUUCCACAUUGCUGCAUGUGAACGUGGAUUUGCAUAUGUUGAUGAAGAUAUCACUCUUGGGGAACAAGUCGAUAGUAUCGUUUAUUCGUCAGCAUCUGAGUGUUAUGUGAUUGGCACCAGUGCAAAGGAGGACUUCAAACUUCCUGAAGACGAUGAGUCGCAUACUGAAUGGAGAAACGAGUUUAUCACAUUCCUUCCACAGCUGGAACGAGGGACCAUUAAGCUUCUAGAGCCCAGAAACUGGUCUACCAUUGAUAGCCAUGAACUCGAACCUGCGGAGCGCAUCACGUGUAUCGAAGUUAUUCGUCUUGAGAUUUCGGAAUUAACUCAUGAGAGGAAAGACAUGGUCGUAGUAGGCUCAUCCAUUGUCAAGGGAGAAGACAUUGUCCCCAAAGGAUUCAUCCGCGUCUUCGAGGUGAUUGAUGUUGUUCCAGAGCCUGAUCAGCCCGAGAAGAACAAGAAGUUGAAGCUAUUUGCGAAAGAAGAGGUGAAGGGUGCCGUCACGGCCUUGUCAGGCAUAGGUGGACAGGGUUUUUUGAUUGUUGCACAGGGCCAAAAGUGCAUGGUGCGCGGACUCAAGGAGGAUGGAAGCCUUUUGCCCGUAGCCUUCAAGGAUACCCAAUGUUACGUUAACGUUCUCAAAGAGCUCAAAGGAACAGGAAUGUGUAUUAUCGGUGACGCAUUCAAGGGACUGUGGUUUAUUGGGUACUCGGAGGAACCAUAUAAACUGGAUCUUUUCGGUAAAGAGAAUGAAAACUUGGCGGUCGUGGAUGCAGACUUCCUUCCAGAUGGGAAUAAAUUAUACAUCUUAGUUGCGGACGAUGACUGCAACCUCCAUGUUCUGCAGUACGACCCUGAGGACCCAAGUUCUUCGAAGGGCGACCGCCUACUACAUCGAAGCGUAUUCCACACAGGCCAUUUUGCAUCCACCAUGACUCUAUUACCACAUGGGGGCCACACACCCUCCUCACCCGUCGAUGAGGAUGCCAUGGACACAGAUUCACCGCCACCAUCAAAAUACCAAAUACUCAUGACCUUCCAAACAGGGUCGAUUGCAAUAAUUACUCCUCUCGGUGAAGAUUCUUACCGCCGUCUGCUAGCCUUGCAGUCGCAGCUAGUUAACGCGCUGGAACACCCUUGUAGUUUGAAUCCACGUGGUUACCGGGCUGUUGAGAGUGAUGGUAUGGGUGGACAGCGUGGCAUGAUUGACGGUAAUCUAUUACUAAGAUGGCUUGAUAUGGGAGCCCAGAGGAAGGCAGAGAUUGCAGGACGUGUUGGUGCAGAUGUCGGUGCGAUUCGGGUAGAUCUUGAGAAACUCCAUGGUGGUCUAGCUAAAGAAAUCCAACCUCUAUGGGAGAGAAACAAAGAGGAAAAGCAGGUAGAGGAUGCAUGGAGAGGGUAUAAAGUACAGAAUUAUGCAAAUAAUAAGUAA